AUGCCACCACCACCAGCAAAACACACAAGCCUCACUACACCAACAACCAGUGCCGCCACCGCCAGCAACCAACAAAACGACACUGGCGCCACUGCUGCACUAACAACCAGUGCCACCACACCAACAGCCAGCAAACAACCCCUUAGCGCCACUGCCACUAACAGCAAUGCCACCGCACCAGCCACAAAACCAAGACAGCACCUUCCGGCGCCAAUGCCACACCCCACCACCACCGCCAGCCAGCCAGCCUCACUGCCACCGCAGGCCAAUACACUGCCAACCAACCAGCAACAAGGACGCUCACGCCAGCCAGCAAUAAUGGCACACCAAUGCCACCGAGCAGCAACCAGCAGCAACCGGCAUCACUGCCACCGCAACCAGCAACCAACAGCAAGCAGCAAUAACCUCCACCGCCGCCAGCAACCAACCAGCACAACCAACCAGCAAGCAACCAGCCUCCCACUGCCACCAGCACGCCACCAGCCAUCACCCACCGCCAGCAACAGCAAUAGCGCGCUACCAGCACCACCACCACCAGCAACCAGCAACAACCAGCAAGCAAUAAUGCACCACCAGCACUACCGCCACCAACCAGCAACCAGCAACCAACCAACCUCCCGCCACCAGCAACAGCCAACCAACAUCACGCCACCACCAAACAAGCACAGCAACAAACAACGCUCCUGCACCGCCAGCAAGCAACAACAGCAAGCAACCACCACCACCACCAGCAACCAACAGCACUCCCUUCCCGCCAGCAAGCAACUCACCGCCACCAGCAACAGCAACCAAGCAACAGCGCUCACCACCGCCAGCAACCAGCAACAGACGCUCCACUCCGCCACCACCAGCAGCAACCAGCACUCACUGCACCAGCCAGCAACCAACCUCACCACCGCCACCAACCAACCAGCAACUCGCCAGCCAGCAAUAGCAACGCCUGCCACAACCAGCAACCAGCAAGCGCCUGCCACCAGCAAGCAACAGCAACCUCCACUGCCACCGCCGCCAGCAGCAACCAGCGCCACCUGCACCACCAGCAACGACAACCAGCAAGCAACCAACAUCAGUACCCACCAGCAGCAAGCAACCAACCAGCACUCACUGCCACCUGCACCAACAGCAACCGCUCUACACCUGCACCAGCAAUAA